AUGGUGCAUUCCUUAAGCCCGUGCACUGAUGGCAGUGCUUCCCCGUGUGGGGUGGCCGCACCACAGCCCAUUGCUGACACCGUCAACGAGCCCUGUGUUCGGCAGUGUCCUGACUCCAGGGUGGUGAUCUACCCUCCGCCGGUGGUUGUGACCUUCCCUGGACCAAUCCUCAGCACCUUCCCGCAGCAGAGCGUCGUGGGAUCUGCAGGAGCCCCUGAAGUUGGAACUGGCUUUAGUGCUGCCCAUGCUCCUGGGGGUUCACAUGUUUAUGGUGGUGCCAGAUGGGGACGGGGAUACCCGAUUGGAAGCUGUAGACCAUGCUAA